AAACAGCAAUGCCGCAGCUACAGCAAAACAUUUCUCCGAUUAAAAAAAAUCUAUAGCGCUUGGACGCGAGAAAAUAACAUCUUCCAAGUGUUUUGUCCACAAAAAUGGCUGCGGCCGCGCUCUCCGUCCGGCCCAACCACAUCCCUCCCGGCUCACCCUUCCCCUGGCCACCGGUCCACCUUCACAACUACGCCGUAACAACUACCCAAAUAAAGUCUUUAAAAAAUGAGCCUUGGAGGGCUAUAAUCGUCCCCACUUCGCGCCGCCCUUUUGCGGCGGGUGGCGUGCGAGCCGCUUCCCGAGCCGACGACUCUGCGCCGUUUGAGAUGUCGGUCGAGAACGCUCUCAAGCUUCUCGGCGUCUCCGAGAACGCGUCUUUCGAUGACAUAUUGCGCGCCAGGAAAGCCAUUCUCGCUACGUGUAAGGAUGACCAGGACACGAUUGCACAGGUUGAGGCUGCAUAUGAUAUGUUGCUUAUGCGAAGCUUAACUCAACGUCGAUCCGGAAAAGUCACAAAUAGUGCCAUCCGGUAUGCCGAUGUCAAGCCCCUAAAUGGCCCUGGGUUGGGAUCAGUACCUCAGUGGCUGCAGACAACUAUGAAAAAUAUACCCAUUUCAGUUGAAACACCAUCAACUGGUGAUUUGGGAAUACAAGCAGGAGUUUAUGGAGCUUUGAUGGUUUUAACUUAUGUUAAUGGGGCUACCACAUCAUCGAUGACACUUUAUGCUGGGGCAGAUGUUCCUGGGCUGAUAUUAGCUACAAGUUUUGGGGUUUCCUUGUACUUCAUGACCAGAAGGAAUAUGAAAUUAGGCUAUGAACAGAGGAAGGGGUUUAUAGCAUUUUUCUUUUAGUAGAAGUGAUUUACUCUCUAUUAUUUAGUCUGUUAAUGAGUUUGCCUCAUCAAGGUCAGAUCUUUCUGUCAUCUUGAAGGUCCUCUUUUCCUUCUUUUCCUAUGUUUGUUGUUGACUAUGGGAACAUAGGCUAAAGUGGUGUCCCCAUGUAAAAAAGGGUUGGAUACGGCACUAAUGGUUCUAGUUGAAACCUUGUGUUUAAGACCUUGUCUGAAGUCAGAAUCUCUCACUUGUUUCCCCUUCCUCUAAUUGUAAAUUAGGAAAGGUUGAUUUUCAAUAUAGUAGUUGAUCUCGUAUGAAAUAUACUGAUACUUGUUACAAUAGAAGCUACAUGAUCUGCACAAAUUUAGAAAAGUCCCAAUUUCUCUAGA